AAGCGAAUCGAUAUUCCACUCAAAUAUUGACUCGAAGAUUGUGUGUGGCUGUGCCAGUGUGCCUGUGCCUGUGUCGCAGGGGAAACAGUAGUCAAGUUGCAAUGCGUUUUUAACAUCUUGUAAAACGGAGAAAACAAGGGAAUAAUCAGUGCACGACAAUAAACUCGACGUACAAUAAUUAGUGACGAAGAGGAAGCCACAAUGAAUUUGGUGGCGAGUGUUGUGUUAAUAUUCCUGAUUGGAUACUCGUACGCGAGCAUCGAACCGACACAGACCUCCUUCAACGAUCAUGGAGUUCCGAGAUUGGAUUUGGAUAGUUUGGAGUCUGGCUAUCACGGUUUAGUGAAGGAAAAUGAGACUCUGGUGGAGGUGACCCCGCAAAUACGUGCAUUGGGUGGGAAAGUUUGCUCGUUCCGCAUAGCGAACAAACACCAUGGGGAUGCACCCUUUGAAAUCAUUGUCAAGGAGAGGGGUAUUGCGCAAUUGAGGGCAUUGAGAGUUCUCAAUUGUGAAAAACGGCGGAAUUAUAAAUUCGAUAUAGCAGCGGUUGCCUGCAAUGGAGGACAAUCGGAGAAUGCGACUGUACACAUAACAGUGAUUGAUGUGAAUGAAUAUGCCCCUCAGUUUCUACAACCGGCCUAUGUUAGUACCGUUGACGAGGGUCGUCUGUACGAGGAAGUUGUCCGGGUCGAGGCAUCAGAUCGUGAUUGCACCCCGAAAUUUGGUGAUGUAUGUAAGUAUGAAAUUCUCACAGCCGAUCAGCCAUUCGUCAUUGAUAAUGAAGGAGCAAUACGAAAUACCGAGCCCCUGGAUUACGAGAGAUCUCACAAUUAUAUACUGAGUGUUGUGGCUUACGAUUGUGGAAUGAAACAAUCAGCACCAGCUAUGGUGACAGUUAAAGUGAACAGAGUCUGUUCACCGGGAUGGCGUGGUAUACCGGAGCGUGUAGAUUAUGCCCCAGGUGCUGGAUCUCAAGCCCUCAUUCCAUCAGCCAGAUUGGAACUGUGCGAUGCACCUUGUAUUUUGAGAAAUCUUCGGGCUACACUCACUCUGGCCACUGAUCACAUUGGCAAGGGUUGCGAUAGAGAUACGUACGGAGUUGAUAGCCAGAGAAAAUUAUGCGGUGCCUCUCGUGAGAGUGUUGACCUCCUUCCAACACCGGGGCCUACAACAACAUGGACAUCUUCAUUAUCUCGUGAUGAGGGUAGAGAGGCUGAUGAAAUAUUUGAAUUCGAUGGGAGUAGCUCAGCGGCUAUUAUUCCGAGUAAAGUUCUCGAUCACACUUUGGCUCAGAAAUUCACUAUUGGCGUUUGGAUGAAGCACCGACCUCGUCCCAGGCAAGAUCCACACAUCAAGGAGCACAUUCUUUGCGCUGCCGAUGAUCAUAAAAUGAAUCGUCAUCAUUAUGCCCUCUUUAUUCGUAAUUGCCGACUGAUACUACUCCUCCGCCGAGAUUUCUCCGAAGGUGAUCCCAAUAUAUUCCGUCCAGCAGAGUGGCGAUGGAAAAUACCCCAAGUUUGCGAUGAUCGUUGGCAUAAUUUUGCAAUACAAGUCGAUUUUCCUCGGGUAAGCUUAUUCAUCGAUGGUGAAGAGUGGCACACGGAUGAUAAAAAUCCCGAGGUAAUUGAUGAUUGGCCCCUCCAUCCAGCAAAGGGUGUCAACACGACUCUGGUAGUAGGGGCCUGCUGGCAAGGUUCUGAUAAUAAAACGAGGCAUCAUUUCCGUGGGUAUUUAGCUGGGCUAUCAGUUCUCGUUGGGAGAAAUGAAAAGGCUGAGGUAUUGUCAUGCUUACGUAGAUGCCAAGAGGGUAUUCGUGUACCCUCAAUGGAUCUCCUCCAACCGGGCACCCAGUUAUUAACAAACUCGGAUUUGACAGAAGUGAGAAUUGAUGGUGACAAUCAUACAAACGUUGAGACACUUUUACGUCGCAUUGGCUAUUCAAAUAGUCGUCGCUUCCCCACACCCGGUCGACGUAAUUUCCGUUUAGAUACGACAAUAGUGUGUGAAGGUAGUGAGGAACGUCCAUUGAGAGUACCUUCGGUUCAGUCGUACGUUACUGUUCUACCACCUCCGCGUCCAGGUAUUACGGUAAAUGGUACAUCAUAUGUUGCCCGAGAAUAUGCCGAUUUUCGUUUAGGGGUCAGGGUAUUUCCAGACGCACGUGUCACAGCUGGUACAGCGGCAAGGCUUGAUGCAUGUGCAGUUAGCGUUUAUCCGAGCUUAAAUCCAGAUCAUGAAAUUCUUGCUCUACCAACUGAUACACUCCACCAAUUUCGAUCAAUAUCAUCGAGAAUCGAUCGCGAUGGAGUUGUAUUGUCAGGGGCUGAUACGCCAUACAAAUAUCAACAACUCAUUCGUUUGAUAACUUACACAAAUAGAAAGCCGGCUUACUAUCUCGAUCGUGUAUUCAAACUGACCUGCUCUGAGCUCAGCGGUAGAUUUGCCAGUAACGAGUACGUUCAAACACUAGCUGUCAUUCAUCCAAAAGAAAAAGCUACAUCGCCACCUCAUCAGUCCACCGAAACUCCAUCAAUCGCCAAAAUAUUGGAACCCUUACCCGGUCAUUCUCAAUUAUCAAGACAUCAUGCCGAUAUUUCCGACGAAUAUUCAACAAUUAAUCUUCACGAAGGAAGUAGAACCGUCUCUGGAAGUUCUGGUGGUAGUCAUGCUAUAACUAUUGUUGCCGCUGCUUGUAUUGGUUUUCUUCUUCUCAUGGCAGUCGUCGGAGCUGCUCGAGUCCGGGGUGCAACCAAACAAAGGCGUACAGCUAGUGAUGAGCUUGCCGCUGAAACUGAAAUGGCCUGGGAUGAUUCGGGUUUAGCAAUCACUGUCAAUCCAAUGGACCGUUUAACCGAUGAUAAUAAUACACAAAAUCCUCAUCAGAGAGAUGACGAUGCCGAGGACUCUGGCACCUCUGACUCUGAUGAUGAUUCCUUCAGGGAUGAUGAUCUUGAUACUACCGAUUGCGAGAAUGAUUGUGAUUUGGCAAAUGGUAGACAUCGACGUCAUCACAAUGCUCCUCAUGAUCUUGAGUGGGAUCACGAUCAUGGAGUUUAAUCUUUUUGUCAAUUCAUCAUUCAAGUUACUCAUUAUUAACAUCCUUUUUCAAUGAUUCGGUAUUAAGGGGAGUACUCAACGUUUUAAUAGUAUGAUGUUUUGAUGGGCAUCAUUAAUGUUAUCUGCAUAAUGAAAAUUCCCCGCUUUGUUGAUUCCUCUUCUUCAUCACUUUUCCUUUCUUUCAUUUUUUUUGUGCAUUUGCAUUCGUUAUGCCUCUAUGAUAAUGGACGCUUUUACACCGCAAUUAAUUAUACCAAUGAAUUGUUCUUACAUCAUGAUAUCAUUGCAAUUGAUUUUUACUUUUUUGUAAUUUUUAUUUCUUUUUUUUAUAAGAGUAAUUCUAAAAUAAAAUAGCUUCCCUGUCGGGGAAGUUAGAGAAAGCGUCGUAUUAUAUCCGUCCCUCGUAGAUGGAAUUCUCGAGUAGUAAAUGCAUAUUGGAUAUAAAAUGGAACUAAUUAUUAUAAUCGUUAGUACUCUACUUAAGCACCGUUUGAACAGAACAAGAUUUGUAAAAGUGCGCGCACGCUUAUUUAAUAUAGGUUUACUCUUUCUACCCACACUAUUUCGUCGCAUCGGCGAUUGGUAGAUUUUCAAUGGGAAAUGUGUAUGCAAUUGAUGAUUAACACAAAAAUAAUGAAUGGAAAAAAAAACUAAAUGAAAAAAAAAACGAGGAAAAAACAAAAAAAAA